GUAUAAUCUCGUUAUCGCAUUCACUACGAAGUUGUUCAUUGUGAUAUUGUGCGUCGGACAAACAUACAGAAAGAUCGUUUAUCAACUUAUAGUGUAAUAUACGAAAAUGUGGACACCAAUAUUCUUCCUAUCCAUAUUAAUAAACAUAAACUGCCAUAUUAUAAACAAGAGAGAAGCACUAGACGACGUAAGUCUAGAACCCCACACUGUGACGCUACAGAAGCAAGCAAACAUUUUAGGUUAUAUACAAAACUUCAAGAACAUCAUGAGCGAAUACGUGAAUUCACAGUACAAACUAACAACGAACGAAAUGGACAAAGUUGGUGUGAUUCUCGAAGAAUUUCUGCAAAAACUAGCAAAUGAUCUCAAAGAUGUUAUAGAAAAGGAUGGUGAUUGGGAAGCAAAGGAGAUAGAAGAUGGAAUGGACGAUGAGAAAUUUGUUGAAAUAAAGAAUAAAAUCAUGGAAGAGUUUCAAGAUAUACAAGUGGACGCUGCAGAUGAAAUGGUUUAUAGGCUACGGAAGAAUUUAUAUGAGACCCGACAGAAGUUGGAUGGAGUUAUUAGAGAUUCAGUUAGAGCUGUAGAAGAGUUUUCUUCUAGUGAAUGAAUUUUGAAGUUCAUUUGUGUGAAUUAAGGGAACGUAUUCAUGCUAUAUAUGCCAUUUUGUGUUAAUAAUGUUACCAAACGGUAAUUUUAAAGUAUAUUAAAUUGGUUUAUAUGUGUUGCUGCUAGUGCUUUAAGAUUUUAUCUCGACUCAAUUCAUGAUCAUUUGGUAGUAUUUAUACACAGAAAUAUCGACUUAAAAGUGUAAAGUUGUAUAACAUCAGCAGGUUCUUGCUCAUUA